AUGUUGGAACAUGACCCGGUAUAUACUGUGGGCGUUCGUACGAGUUUAUAUGCACAUGACCAGGAAAAACUCCAAAAGACUGGAGCCCAGUUCGUUAAAACUAACCGUGGGGGCCUAAUUACAUAUCAUGGACCUGGUCAACUUACAGUUUACCCAAUUAUAAGUCUUCGAGGAGCUGAAGUAUUGGGCAAAGGAAUACGAUGGUUCGUUAGUGCCCUUGAACAGUCAGGCUUCGACCUUUGUAGAGGAAUCCUUGGUGAUCGAAUUGUAAAAGGGAGUAUUCUGUUUCCUGAAUCUGUUGGUGCUACCGGAGUUUGGUUUAAUAAGCACAAUAAAAUUUUGUCCAUUGGUAUUCGUCGUGCGGGUGAUGUAAUUUAUCAUGGUGUUGGGUUAAAUUGCACAAAUGAGCCGUUAAAGUGGUUUGACAAUAUUGUCCCCUGCGGUCUUCCUGAGUGCAAGAUGACCUCGCUCCAGUCGAUUGCGGGGAAGGAAUUUACUCCGGCAGAAGUGGCUCCACAGUUCUCUGAACGACUAUUCGCCAAUCUCUUUAACCCCAAAUGUGAUCUAGAAUUUACUUAUUCUGACUUUUUGUCCGAAGAUAAGUCACUACCUUGGGAGAAGGUAGUUCAAUUUGUUCUGGAUGAUGCCGACUUCAGAACGAAAAAACUACCCAGACAGGAAUACGAGGAAAAUAGGUAG